AUGUCGGGAUGGAAUUAUUCUACUUUCAUCAACUGUUCCGACGUAAACAACAGCUGCAGUCACAACGAGUCGAAUGUUUUCGACUCGCCGCCGCUGAUAGAUGCUGCAGACAUCGUCAACCUCGUGCCUUGCUCGAUCGCGUUUGUCCUCUGCACGUUCGUCUUAAUCGUUCUUUUCAAAUCGGGAAAAGCUCUGAAGUCGUCAGGACACUUGCUGAUCGCGAACGCAACAUUCGGAGACUUGUUUGGGAUAACAGUGCUAGGCUUGAAUUCGUGGGUGUAUCUGCAUCCGAUGACGAUGACCGAGUCCAACAGGAUCAUCUGCAAGGUCUACUAUUUCUUCUUCGUAUUUAUGCAUGCUUGGACUGGAUGGUCGUCUACCGCUUUAGCGUAUGACAGAUAUGACAUGGUCGCACGACCGCUGAAUAGAAAAUUGACACUGAAAAAAGCGAAACUGUGUGUUGUCGCAAUUAUUGUCUUUUGUGCUCUCUGGGCAGCGUUUCCUCUCGUCGGAUGGAGCGAAUAUCGUUUGCAAUCGCAUGGGGCUUGCAGCAUGGCGUACACCGUCGACAUACCAGAAGAGAUCGGUAGUGCAAUGUUCACUCUCUUAUUUUUCACCGUCAAUUACGUCAUACCUCUUAUUAUUGACGUCAUUUGCCUUAUUGGAGUUCUGAUCGUAGCGCUGUCUCAUAUACGACGCAAGAGAUUACGACUUUCAAGUGGUUUUGCUCAUUCCACAAGUACCUCUAACACAAAUGAAAAUCGGAACGAAACGUCUCCUCUUGCCAUAAUUGCUACGCGUCCUUUCAUAGUCGUCACAACAACUAUUGCAUCAAAUGUUUUCCUGACAGCACCAUUACUCAUCAUCAUCGUUUUAAGGAAAUUCGGUGUAAUACCGUGGACACUACACGUGGGAAAAGUUCAAGUGGUUGGUUUGGGAAUGCAUCUGACGGUAUACAAUCAUCUCUUUAAUGCAGUUCUUUACAUAAUUUAUGUAAAAAACAUUAUCUCGUCUGCUUUUUUCUGCUUCAAGCGAUAUAAGAAGAAAGCAGAAAGAAAUCAAAUGACUCAACAGAUUCGUGUCGUUCCCAGAAGCAAGACAACCACCCAGCAGCCCGGCACAACAUCAGUUGUAGCAUCAGCAGAUGAUGUCUUCUAGUGUGAUCCUUGAGAGUUCGUGAUUUGGCUCGAAAAUGUAUAUUUACUGGUUGUAGGCUGUUGUAAGAAGUAAACUGUCAUAGAAAUACAAAAAUCACGAGGACGCGUGUAAGACAAUAGUAAUACAUAAAUCAUAUAUUAUGUGAGUGUAAGUGUUAUACAAUAUUACAAUCAUCAGAACGCAAUUACCAUUUCUUGAAUUUGACGUAUGUUCUCUUAUAAAAACAUACAACUUGUACAAGUUCUCUCUCUUGAGUAAACAACUUGUACAAACUCGUAAACAAUAAAUCCGUCCGACAUCAAAAUGUA